AUGAGUGACGACGCACUUUUCGAUGUUUUUGAUCAAGAUGAACCAAGUGCUAUUGUUGAAUUACCAAAAAAUAUAACUGUUAUUGAACAAAUAACAUCUGGUGAAUAUAUUCAAAUGAGUGGUCGAGCUGGACGUCGUGGAAAAGAUGAACGUGGUAUUGUUGUUCUAAUUAUUGAUGAACGAAUGAGUCCAACAACAGCAAAAGAAAUUGUUAAAGGAAAAGCUGAUCCAUUGAAUAGUGCAUUUAAAUUAACAUAUAAUAUGGUUUUGAAUUUAUUACGUGUUGAAGGUAUUAAUCCAGAAUUUAUGCUUGAAAGAUCAUUUUAUCAAUUUCAACAUUUUUCAUCAAUACCUGCACUUUAUGAAAAAUUACAAACUUGUGAACAACAAUAUGAUUUAAUUAAAAUUGAAAAUGAAGAAGAAAUUGCAAGAUAUUAUAAAUUAAAAAAGAAACUUGAACUUGUUCAAGAUCAAAUUGCAAUUAUGAUAAAUGAACCAAAAUAUUUAUUACCAUUUCUACAACCUGGUCGUCUUGUUACAGUUAAAUCUGGUGAUCUUAAUUUUGAUUGGUGUGUUGUACUUAAUUUUCAUAAAAAACCUGGUGAAAAACCAAUUUAUAUCGUCGAUGUUUUAGCACAUUUAACACUUGAAAGUGCUACACAAAAAUUAACAGCUGAAAUUCAACCAUGUCCAUUAUCAGAAAGAGGUGAAAUGAAAGCUAUUCCAAUUCAACAUACAUUAAUACGAGAUAUAAGUGCUAUAAGAGUUUAUCUUCCAGAUGAUUUACGAACAAAAGAAUCUCGACAAAAUAUAUUAAAAUCAGUUCAAGAUAUAAUACAACGUCAUCCACUUGGUUUACCAUUACUUGAUCCAAUAAGAGAUAUAGGUAUUAAAUCAAAUGAUAUGAUAUCAUAUAUAAAACAAUAUUCAAUAUUACAAACACGUCUUGAUGAACAUCCAUUAACAAAAAAUGUUCAAUUAAAAUAUAUUUAUGAACAAUAUGAACGUAAAGCAAAUAUUGAAAAACAAGUUAUAGAUGCUAAAAAUGAAUUAAAAAAAGCACAAUCAUUAUUACAAAUUGGGGAUUUAAAAAGACAUAAACGUGUUUUACGUCGUUUAGGUUAUUGUAAUUCAGCUGAUGUUAUUGAUUUAAAAGGACGUGUUGCAUGUGAAAUUGAUACUGGUGAUGAACUUGUUACAACUGAACUUUUAUUUAAUGGAGUUUUUAAUGAUUUAACUGUUAGUCAAGCAUGUGCUUUACUUAGUUGUUUUGUUUUUCAAGAAAAAGCUAAUGAAAUGCCCAAAUUACCACAAGAAUUAUCAGGACCAUUACGUCUUUUACAAGAAACAGCUCGUCGUGUAGCACGUGUAUCAAUUGAAAGUAAAAUCGAUAUGGAUGAAGAACGUUAUGUUGAUGGAUUUAAACCAUAUAUGAUGGAUGUUAUUAAAGCAUGGGUAGAUGGACAAAGUUUUUCUAGUAUUUGUAAAAUGACAACAAUAUUUGAAGGAUCUAUUGUACGUUGUAUUCGACGACUUGAAGAACUUCUUCGACAAAUGUGUUGUGCUGCUAAAGCUAUUGGUAAUAGUGAACUUGAAGCAAAAUUUACUGAAGGUACACAAAAGAUCAAACGUGAUAUUGUUUUUGCAGCUUCAUUGUAUUUAUAA